AUGAACAAGAAUCAACAACCGAUUCCUACGCUGGUCAGUCCUGUUCAGAGUGACGGCAAAUUGACGUACCCAUAUGCUGACGUGACACCACCUCCAGAGAACACCGCUGCCCAAACAAAACCGCCUGCAGACUCAUCUGCGAAUGUCCAAUCCACGGGUGCCCAACCUGAGCAACCCGCACAAGAAGGCGUGCCUGAGGAGAGUUCGGACAUUGGGACAAGGCCCUAUGGACAGCCUUCGCCGUACGGACAGCGUUCACCAUAUGGACAAUAUGGGGCUGGGAAUCAAAGACCUGGUCAGUAUCAAGGAUAUGGUGCUCAGGGACAACAGGGGGCAUACGGUGGAUAUCCAGGUACACAACAUCGAUAUCCAGGUACACAACAACGAUAUCCAGCUAAUCAUCAUGGGCAGCAAG